AUGAGUGCAACAGAGUCCCAAAAGGAGAAGCCAGCUGUUGUCUGUGUUUUCUGUGGAUCAGUUGCAGGAAAUGAUCCUAGACACAUGCAAGCAGCCAAGGAGCUUGCACGGGCUUUCCACGAGCAGAACGUCCAGCUCGUCUAUGGCGGUGGUACCAAGGGUCUCAUGGGCCAAGUUGCACGCGAACUCGUAGCUUUAUCAGGGCCCCAAGCUGUGCAUGGAAUCAUUCCCAAGGCCCUAGUCAAGAUCGAACCAGGCUACGACCAGCAACAAGGAGAGAACAACAGCAACAAAACGCAAGAAGGCACCGGCAAGACUCACGAGCGCGUAGUUCCGCAGAACGAUAAGCGCACCGAAAUCAUCGAAGCUGAGUUCGGCAUUACCACUAUUGUCCCAGAUAUGCACACCCGCAAACGCCUCAUGGCCACCAAGGUGAUAGAAGGUGGUCCGGGGUCGGGCUUUGUCACUCUGGCAGGCGGAUUCGGUACGAUUGAAGAAGUCAUGGAGAUGACAACCUGGAACCAACUUGGUAUUCACAAGGUGGGCGUAGUGCUGCUAAAUCUCAAUGGGUAUUGGGAUGGGGUGUUGCAGUGGAUCAAAAAUGCGGUCGAGGAAGGGUUUAUUAGCCGUGCGAAUAGCGAUAUACUUGUUUCAGUGACGGAUGUGAAGGAUGUUUUGCCCAAGUUGAGAGACUAUAAGGCUAGUGUUGAUCGGUUUCAGUUGACAUGGGGAGAGGAGUAA